UACACAACAUCAGUCGUCAGCAUAGAUUAUACAUAUAUAGUUGUCAGUAGUGCUAUACUACUCUUUGGUUGUCAGUGUCCGUCGUUGUCAAACGUGUGCCGCUUGUCAGAAUGUUUGUAGUUUCGUGAUUUUAGUGUUUAUUUACGGUUAUCGCAUUAAAAAAGGGUUAAAAAUAUUCAUAAUGAACGCAAAAGCGGCGCUGGCAAUUUGCAUGGUGUUUGUUGGGUGUUGUUCCAAUGUUGUGUUUUUAGAAUUAGUUGUGAAAGAGGACCCAGGCGCGGGAAAUUUAGCGACAUUUUUGCAAUUCUUACUCAUUGCAACUGUUGGUUUUUGUACUGUUGGCAAAUUUGGAACGGCUAAACGCAACAUACCCUUUAAUCAGUACUUGCUACUUGUGGGAUUCUUCUGGACCAGCAGUGUAGCGAACAAUUAUGCAUUUGACUUCAAUAUAUCUAUGCCGUUGCAUAUGAUAUUCAGGGCUGGUUCGCUGAUGGCAAACAUGGCUAUGGGUGUGUGGAUAUUGAAGAAGCGCUAUCCAGCAUUAAAGUACCUAGCAGUAUUCAUGAUUUCAGCUGGUAUAGCCAUCUGUACCAUACAAUCAAGUGGAGAAGUCAAAGCUCCAAGGGAAACCCAUGAAGAUGCUGCCGAGGAAGAGAAACUCAAGUUCAUUGACUGGCUCUGGUGGUGUUUGGGCAUUGCCAUUCUAACCUUUGCCCUUUUCCUCUCAGCUCGUAUGGGAAUUUUCCAAGAGUCGUUAUAUUCCAAGUAUGGAAAGCACCCGUGGGAGGCUUUGUAUUAUACUCAUUUAUUACCAUUAGUGUUUUGGUUACCGACAGCGCCUAAUAUUACCAACCAUGUAUCUAUAGCAUUAAGCACACCUGUAGUAGAAUUUCUAGGUAUCACAUUCCCGAGACAAGUCUUAUGGCUGAUUUUGUAUGUAUUAACGCAAGGACUAUGUAUCAGUUCUGUAUAUGUUUUGACAACUGAAUGUGCCUCGUUAGUUGUAACUCUCACGGUCACAUUGAGGAAGUUUGUAUCACUCAUAUUUUCUAUUUUGUACUUCAAAAAUCCCUUCACUUUAGGACAUUGGAUCGGUACAUUAUUAGUGUUUAUAGGCACUUUGAUAUUCACUGAGAUUUUACAGAAAAUGGUUGCAUUUGUUGUGCCUAAAGACAAAAAGAAAGUACAGUAAUUUUAUUGUGUUAUUUACACAUUGUGAUAGUUUUGCCAUAUUCAGAGGCAUUUAGAUGUUCCUUAUGCAAUUACAUGUUUUUUUUUAUUGUAUCCCAUUGCAAUUUUUUUUUAUAAAUGAUCUUUAUCACGUUACGGAAGUUUUAAAACAGCUUAGUCAUUCUGCUGAGAUAAUUUUUAUGAGAUACUGGUUAGUAUGUGUAAUAGAUAAAAUAUUGCAUUGUCAUAAUUAUAGUGUAUCUGUGCAGAUACACAGCUUAGAAAUAAUAAAUGAUAUGUUGCUAUUUUAUCAUAAACAAAUUAUUUAUUUAUUGUUUUACUUUUAAAUUUUACAUGGUACAAAGAUAUUGUGUUAACAGUUAACAGAAUUUUUUAUUAAUUAUUUUUUUUAUUAUAUUGACUCAA